AACUGAAGUAAAGCCCCAUUCAAAGAGACUGCUCUUUACCUCUACUUUCUAUAAUAAAAACAAAAUAUUUUUAUUUUAACCUAAAAUUUUUUGAAUCAAUGAAAAGUAGGUAAUAACAUAAAUAAACUUAUUUAUUUACUCUUAAUUGAUAUUAAGCUAAUAUCAAUAAUAUUUUUCAACAAUGGCAACAAAACGUAAAGCAACAGACACUCAAGUUCCAGCUGAAGAAAGUGAUUUAUUAUCAAUAAAACCAUUGGGUGCUGGUCAAGAAGUAGGAAGAUCUUGUAUAAUGCUUGAAUUUAAAGGUAAAAAAAUAAUGCUUGACUGUGGUAUACAUCCAGGAUUAUCAGGAAUGGAUGCUCUACCAUUUGUAGAUUUAGUUGAAGCAGAUGAAAUAGAUUUAUUGUUAAUAUCACAUUUUCAUUUGGACCACUGUGGUGCUUUACCAUGGUUUCUACAAAAAACAAGUUUUAAAGGCCGUUGUUUUAUGACACACGCGACAAAAGCUAUUUAUCGUUGGUUACUAUCAGAUUACAUUAAAGUAAGCAACAUAGCUACUGAACAGAUGUUAUAUACCGAAUCAGAUUUAGAAUCGAGUAUGGACAAAAUAGAAACAAUUAAUUUCCAUGAAGAAAAAGAUGUUUUUGGAAUUAAAUUUUGGGCUUACAAUGCAGGACAUGUAUUAGGUGCGGCAAUGUUUAUGAUUGAAAUAGCUGGUGUUAAAACUCUUUAUACUGGAGAUUUUAGUAGACAAGAAGAUCGUCAUUUAAUGGCUGCUGAAAUUCCAAAUGUUCAUCCAGAUGUUUUGAUAACUGAAUCAACAUACGGUACACAUAUUCACGAAAAAAGAGAAGAUCGUGAAAAUAGAUUUACUAAUUUAGUUCACGAAAUAGUUAAUCGAGGUGGUAGAUGUCUGAUUCCUGUUUUUGCUCUUGGUCGAGCUCAAGAAUUACUAUUAAUUUUAGAUGAGUACUGGAGCCAACAUCCAGAGCUUCAUGAAAUACCUAUUUAUUAUGCAUCAUCACUCGCUAAAAAAUGUAUGGCAGUUUAUCAAACUUAUGUUAAUGCUAUGAAUGACAAAAUUCGUAGACAGAUAGCUAUUAAUAAUCCAUUUGUAUUUAAACAUAUAUCCAAUCUAAAAGGAAUUGAUCAUUUUGAUGACAUUGGUCCUUGUGUAGUAAUGGCAUCACCGGGUAUGAUGCAAAGUGGAUUAUCACGAGAAUUAUUUGAGUCCUGGUGUACAGAUUCAAAGAAUGGUGUUAUUAUUGCUGGAUAUUGUGUUGAGGGAACAUUAGCUAAAACAAUAUUAUCAGAACCUGAAGAAAUUACAACAAUGAGUGGUCAGAAGCUACCACUUAAAAUGUCUGUUGAUUAUAUUUCAUUUUCUGCUCACACUGAUUAUCAACAAACAUCUGAAUUUAUUAGAACUUUAAAACCACCUCAUGUAAUAUUAGUACACGGUGAACAAAAUGAAAUGAGUCGUCUUAAAGCUGCAUUACAACGUGAGUAUGAAGAUGAUCCUAAUACUACAAUGGAGAUACACAAUCCACGUAAUACCGUUGCUGUUGAGCUUAAUUUCCGUGGUGAAAAGACAGCUAAAGUUAUGGGAACACUUGCUAUGAAUACACCAAAGCCAAACGAAAUUUUAUCUGGUGUUUUAGUUAAGAGAAAUUUUAAUUAUCAUCUAUUGGCACCAUCAGAUCUUUCAAAGUACACGGAUAUGACUACAAGUCAGGUUGUUCAACGGCAAGGUAUCCAUUUCAAUGCUCCAUUGUCAGUUCUUAAGCAUCUUCUUACGCAGAUAGCUGGAAAUAUUGAUAUCAUUGACGAUAAAAAAAUGCGUGUUUUUAAAUGUGUCGAUGUUAUUGUGGAGGGUAAAAUAAUAAUAAUGGAAUGGGUUUCUAGUCCUGUUAAUGAAAUGUAUGCUAAUGCUGCUCUUACGGCAAUUCUUCAAGCUGACAUGAUGGAUACAGCACCCCCUAAAACACUAUCCGCACCAACAAAAAUGGAUCGUAUGCAUUUCAAAGAGUGUCUUAUUGAAAUGCUCCAAGAUAUGUUUGGUGAAGACUCUGUACCAAAAAUAUUCCGAGGUGAAAAAUUAUAUGUCACUGUUAACAACAAAAAAGCUCAUAUUGAUCUUGUGAGUCUCGAUGUUUCUUGUGUUGAGGAUGAAACAUUCCAACAAAUUGUGCAGACUGCAGUAUCAAAACUGUAUCAAUCUCUUGCACCACCUUGUGAUUUAAUAUAAUUCAGUUAAUUAUUAUUUAUUUUUAUAUCAGACAACUAGAAUUAAUAUUAAUGUACAAUAAAUUUAUAUUUAAAAUAAAGUUAAGUUUUUUUUUUUCAAGUAUCCAUUAUUGAAUAUUAUUUAGUUUAAAAAAAAGGAGACUUACUUGUUAAAACAAGUUAUUGGUUGAAAAUAAAAAUCGACACCAACACCAAUACAGAUGACAUAAAUAACAAUAAUAAUCAAAAUGAUAUCAACAAUAUUAAAAAGUUGAAAAACUAUAUAAAAAUAUUUAUUUUAAAAUUUUCAAUUUAUCUUUUCGAUUUAAUUUGUAGAUUUUAUUUUGAAUCUACUAA